UAGCAUCCUAAAAGAGUUAUUCAGAAAAGUUUUUCUAUCAGCUAGGGCAGAAGCCGUCGCCGCCGGUGAUGCCAUGAUGGGUUCUCUCCUGCUUCCACCACGCCCGCCGCCGCCGUGGCCUGCCUCCUCUUCUCCUGCUCUCGCCUCCGCUCGUCUCCUCUCUCCCGAGCUCCACGCCUCGGCGAGGUCCGCCUUCCUGGCCUCGCCGCGAGCUCCGUUUCUUGGGUUAACCUCGGGCGCGCGGGCUUCGCCGCGGUGCGCAGACGCCUUCUGCCCAAGGGCCGCGCCGCCGCACGCCGAUGUGGCGGCGCUCAUGCUCGCCCACGCGGAGGCCGGCGACUUCGCGUCCGCGCAGUCCAUCUGGGCACAGCUGCUGCACAGCUCCGCCGCGCCGCACCUCCGCGCCACGGCGCCCCGCCUCCUCCCGGCGUACGCGCGGCUCCGCCGGUUUGACGAGAUCCUCCUCGUGGUGCGGGAGCUCUGCGCGCGGGACCCCGGCGCGGCGCGCGGCCUCUACCCGCUCGCCGUCUCCUGCUUCGGCGCCGCCGGGGAGCUCGCGCUCAUGGAGGACGCCGUCCGGGAGAUGGCCCGCCUCGGCCUCCCCGUCGACUCCGCCACCGGCAACGCCUUCGUGCAGCACUACGCGGCCUCCGGCACCGUGCCGCAGAUGGAGGCGGCCUACCGGCGGCUCAAGAAAUCGCGCCUGCUCGUCUCCACCGACGCAAUCCGCGCCAUGGCGUCGGCCUACAUCUCCCAGCGCAAGUACUACAAGCUCGGCGAGUUCGUCAGCGACGUCGGCCUCGGCCGCCGCAACGCCGGCAACCUGCUCUGGAACCUCUACCUCCUCUCCUUCGCGGCCAACUUCAAGAUGAAGUCGCUGCAGCGCGCGUUCCUGGAGAUGGUCGGCGCCGGGUUCCGGCCGGACCUCACCACCUUCAACAUCCGCGCGGCGGCCUUCUCCAAGAUGUGCAUGUUCUGGGACCUCCACCUCACCGCCGACCACAUGCGGCGCGACGGUGUCGCGCCGGACCUCGUCACCCACGGCUGCUUCGUGGACGCGUACCUGGAGCGCCGCCUCGCGCGCAACAUUUCCUUUGCGUUCGACCGGCUGGGCGGCGGCGCCGGCGAGCCCGCCGUGGCCACGGACGCCAUCGUGUUCGAGGCGUUCGGCAAGGGGGGCUUCCACGCGAGCUCCGAGGUGUUGCUGGAGGCCACCGGCGGCAAGCGGCGGUGGACGUAUUACAAGCUGCUCGGCGUGUACCUGAGAAAACAGCACAGAAAAAACCAAAUCUUUUGGAACUACUGAUACUGAAUUACUGACCAGCUUAGUACCAGUAGCAUUUCAUUAGAGUAGGAAAAUGCUGGAAAUGUACAGUGAUUAUAAUUCAGAAUUACAUCAUGAAACAAAGAUUGAAAACUUUGGCAGGAUAUAUACUCUCUUAGAAAAUCGAUCUAUA